UUUUUUUUUAAAUAGUAAACAAGAGUCUUUAGUUUAUUCCAAGAUCGAUUGAUUAAAGACAUGAGCCAUAAUCCUACUUCUAUUGCUCCCUUAUUGAGCUCAAUUGCACCUAAUCCUACGCCAACAACAUCUUCUAAUCCCAAUAUGAAGAUGGUAAUGAAUCAAAGCCAAAUACAACGCAGCAAGCUUCAGAAUGUACCUGCCUUUCUAAACAAACUUUACAAUAUGGUAGACGAUCAUUCGACUAAUGAACUCAUUCGUUGGUCUGACGACGGUCUUUCUUUUCUUGUGAUUCGUCAUGAAGAAUUCGCCAAAAAAGUAUUGCCUCGAUUCUUUAAACAUAGCAACUUUUCAUCCUUUGUUCGUCAACUCAACAUGUAUGGAUUUCAUAAGGUGCCUCACCUCCAAAACGGUGUCUUGGGCACAGAAGGAGAAACCGAACGAUGGGAGUUUAGUAAUCCUCAUUUUCAGCGUAAUCAGCCUGAUCUCUUAUUACUCGUUACUCGUAAAAAGGGACGUGAUCCUGAAGAAAGAGAAGGAGGUGCAGUUGACAUGCAUCAUAUCUUGGAUGAAAUUGCAGCUAUCAAAAGACAUCAAAUGUCCAUCAGUAAAGAACUCAAAGUGGUCCAGACAGACAAUCAAGUCCUUUGGAGAGAAAGUAUGGCUUCAAGAGAAAGACAUCAUCGACACCAAGAGACGAUCAACAAGAUAUUGCGAUUCUUGGCUUCUGUGUUCUCGAGUGAUAAGAACAAGCAUGCUAUUCCCCGUAAACGACAAUAUUUGUUAGGAGAUGGUACACAACAUCAUGAACAAACAAAUACACCAUCUAUUGGUAAGAAAAGAGAACAUAUCAAGAUUGAAGAUGUUGAUGAUGAGGAUGAGGAUGAUGAACAGCAGCCUACAAAGCAAAAGAAGAUAUCGGCUCCAUUUGAUAUUUCUGACUAUGUUCAUGAAGCCAAUGCACUUGCUAAAGACAUGUCAUUGGCACCUUUACCUUCUCCUAUUCCUAGUUUAACACCUGCUACAGCAGAUCUUCAAGCAGCCAUUGCACUGAAUGACCAAACAAAAAAAGACACAGUUGCUUUUGAUUCUCCUGAUUUAUCUGCGUUACUGAAUUUGCCACAAUUUCAAGGCUUGAUCAACUUGGCCCAGACGAAUCCUGGGCUAUUUAAUCAAUUGACAAACACACAGUAUUUUGAUGUACCUCCUCCUCCUCCUUCUCAAGACACAUUUACUGAUAUAUCGACACCUUCACUAUCUCAAGUAGGCACACCUAUGAGUUCACAACCUGUUGAGACACCUACAAAUGUACACGAUUUAGAGUCUAGUCUGAAAUCAUUGGCUACUGAACUUGGGUUUGAAAAUGACAAGUUGGAUUAUGUAAAUAUGGAUGAUUUCUUGACAAAUUAUACUUCACCUUCUUCCUCUACUAAAUCCGAUCAUGAAUAAUAAUAUUAUAUAUACACACAUCUAUUUUGCAUUCUAACAUGCCGCAUAUCACUGUUUCUCAUUCUCUCAUUUCAAUAAAUAUCCAACUAUAACAAAUCUGGAC